GUCGUUGAGAUCACGGAGGAGAUGUUGGCCGGCCUCAGUCAGAUGGCCAUGGUAGAGCUGAAUGGAAGGCCCUACCUUUUCGUGGGGGGCUUCCUCGUGGACCCGCAGACGCAGGCCGUGGCUUUCCAAGUCGAGCAGGAUGGCACUGUGGUGGACGCCUUGACCGGCGAGCCUUGUGGAAUGCUCGAGAUGGACGAGGAGCCUGUGAUUCGGGCAACGUCGAGCUCAAACAAGGCGCAGUCUCAAAAAUCCUCACGCCCGGGGCAGAACAGAUCAGCCUUCAACUUCGAGGACGAGAACUUGGACGCUCGCGGAUGGUCCGACAGGGCCAGGGAGCUCAUGGCAGACGACUACUACUACCAGGCAGCUGCGGCUUUCGGAGAGGCUUUGAAGUGCUGCGAAGAAGAGAGGGCGGUCGAGCUCGACUUCGAGUGUGAUCUCUUGCGUGGCCGUGCCUUCUGUUUCAGGAAGAUGCGUGAGUUCAAGUCGCUCCUCGAGGAUGCCGAACGAUUGCUCGGCUACGAUGCUGACGACAAAGAGGCAAAAGAAUGGAGAGACGUGGCCCUGGCCGAGAUGA